GUGCGCUGGGACAAGCGCGUCCACGACGGCACUGUUCAACUUGCCAAGAUGGACGACAAUCUGGUGCAAUUCAAGGUGUUCUCUGCGGUGGCGAUCUUUGUCCUCGCGCUUGGAGGGGCGUUGUUCCCGAUAUACGUUCUUCAGUUGAACGCCAAGGUGACUAGCAUCCUCAACAUGGCUGCCGCGGGCAUUUUCCUCUCGGCGUCCCUGGUGCACAUGCUUCCCGACGCGGCCGAUAACGUCCCACUUCUCAAUAUGGGAUGUGCCACGUCCAUGUGCUUUCCGUAUGCGUUUGUCAUCUACGGCGCAGGCUUUCUGUUUAUUUUGCUCCUGGAGUCCCUAGCGCACGCACUGCAGAAACGCUUCAACGGGUCCCCCGAGGAAAGGCUGCCACUCAUCGUGAACAAGCCCCAUAUCGCCUACGACUCGUCCGACCAGUGCGUUACGUCUGAAGUCACUCAUACGCACGUGCACGGACUCAUUGACGCCACCUCGAACGCGUUUGUCGCGAUCGUCGUGUUCGCCGCGUUGUCGUUCCACUCCCUUAUGGAAGGCCUCGGUAUUGGUGCCGCCACUUCCACGAGCGCGUGGCAUAUUUUUUUUGCGAUCGUUGCUCACAAAGCGCUGGCUGCCAUGGCGCUAGCCCUCGAACUUAUAAAGCACCGCGUCGGGCGGGGGCGCCUCAUGGGCAGUUUGCUUGUGUUUGCACUGAUGACUCCGUUGGGAGUCGGCCUCGGCGCCUUUCUCGCUGGCAACGACCCCAAUGAUAGUUUUGCAAGCGGUGUGUGCACGGCGCUGGCUGGAGGGACGUUUCUAUACGUGGGCGCGAUGGAAAUCAUUCCACAAGAGCUCCACGACCGCCGCCAUCUCGUUCACAAGGUCGUCGCGCUCGUCAGUGCCUUUGGCGCGUUCAGUCUGUUAGCGCUGUGGGUGUAGUAGGCGUUUAUUUAAUCCUUUCCUUGAUAAGAUUUGCAUGUCGUUUGCUUCAAGCAGCGCAUUCCUUCAAAA